CUGCAGGAUGAGCUCUCCCCCAUUCCCCACUCUACCCCUCCCCUCUGACCCUCUCCCCUCCCCUCUGACCCUCUCCCUUCCCUGCUGACCCUCUCCCCUCUCAGCCAUGGCGUGCAGCCUGAAGGAUGAGCUUUUCCCCAUUCCCCUCUCUUCCCCCCUCUCUCUCAUCCCCCAAUUCCCCCCCGACCCUCUCCCCUCCCCUCUGACCCUCUCCCCUCCCCUCUGACUCUCUCCCCUCUCAGCCAUGGCGUGCAGCCUGAAGGACGAGCUGCUGUGCUCCAUCUGCCUGAGCAUCUACCAGGACCCGGUGUGCCUGGGCUGCGAGCACUACUUCUGCCGCCGCUGCAUCACCGAGCACUGGCUGCGCCAGGAGCCGCAGGGCACCCGCGACUGCCCCGAGUGCCGCCGCACCUUCGCCGAGCCCACGCUGGCGCCCAGCCUCAAACUGGCCAACAUCGUGGAGCGCUACAGCGCCUUCCCCCUGGACGCCAUCCUGGGCGCCCAGCGCAGCCCCUUCCCCUGCAAGGACCACGAGAAGGUCAAGCUCUUCUGCCUCACCGACCGCGCCGUCGUCUGCUUCUUCUGCGACGAGCCCGCCGUGCACGAGCAGCACCAGGUCACCAACGUGGACGACGCCUUUGAGGAGCUGCAGGUGGGGCCGGGGGGGGCUGCGGGCCGGGAUCUCCUGUGGCCCCGUUUGGCCCCCAGGUUGUCAGCCAAGAACCUGCAGGUGACCGUCGGGGAGGCGUUUGAGCGGCUGCACCGGGAGCGGCAGGAGGGGCUUUUAGGGUCCUUGGGGAGGGAUGGGGACACACAAGUGAGGGACAAGGACACACCGGUGAGGGAUGAGGAUGUCACUGUGCCCGCCGCGCUGACCCUGGACCCGGGCACUGCCCACCACCGGCUCAUCCUGUCGGACGACUGCACCAUCGUGGCCUACGGGAACCUGCACCCGCAGCCGCUGCAGGACUCGCCCAAGCGCUUCGACGUGGAGGUGUCGGUGCUGGGCGCGCAGGCCUUCGGCGCCGGCGUGCACUACUGGGAGGUGGUGGUGUCCGAGAAGACCCAGUGGGUGCUGGGCCUGGCUCACGAGGCCGUGAGCCGCAAGGGCAGCAUCCAGAUCCUGCCCAGCCGCGGCUUCUACUGCAUCGUGAUGCACGACGGCAACCAGUACAGCGCCUGCACCGAGCCCUGGACGCGGCUCAACGUCAAGGGCAAGCUGGAGAAGGUGGGCGUCUUCCUGGACUACGACAAGGGGCUGCUCAUCUUCUACAACGCCGACGACAUGUCCUGGCUCUACACCUUCCGGGAGAGGUUUCCCGGGAAGCUCUGCUCCUACUUCAGCCCCGGGCAGAGCCACGCCAACGGCAAGAACGUGCAGCCGCUGCGCAUCAACACCGUCCGCAUCUGAGGGACCGCGGGGGGCCGGGGGGCCGCCCCAGGGACUGGGCCUGGCACGGGGCAGGAUCCGGCGGCCCGGCCUGUGCUUCCAGGGAAUCCCGGUGUGGGGGCUGGGAUGUGGCAAUAAAGGAUUUGGAGAGAA